UUUUUCAUUUGUUUCAGACAUUCCGACCAAAAUCUAAGAAGCAUGUACAGAUAGCGAAGAAUAUGAAGAAGGACGGCGACUUCAUCAGAAAAUACUGCUUUACAACAUCUCUCACCAUUAUAUUAUUGUACCCGUUAUCGAAGCUCUUUGGAAAGCAACGCGAACUCUUAUUUGCCACGUAUGUGCCACCGCGGAUAAGUUUUAUCAGUCUUUUCGUCUUCCAAGAAAUCGUUGCCAUCUAUUCGGUAUUCAUGUGCAGCAAUUUCAUGACUUUAGACGCGAAUUUGCUGAUACAGAUUGGGAUACAGAUAGAAAUAAUGAAAGAUAGUUUGGCGCAGAUAAGGGACAUCAACCUUAUCUUCGGGCUCAUAAAUCAUUUCGACGAAAUCUUAAGCCUGACCCGUAAGGUGCAACAUAUUUUUCGCAUCGGCAUAUCUAUACAUUUUGUAACUGGGAUAUUAGUGGUUUGUACCACCUUAUUCCGACUAACUGAGUUCACUAUGGAUGAAAUGGCUCUUUUGUUGCCGUACUCUUCUGCGAUUAUUCUAAUAGUGUUUAUACAUUGCUGGUUUGGCAACGAGGUGAUUUAUAGGAGUCACGGAAUUGCAGAAUCUAUCUUCUGCUCUAAUUGGAUCGGGAGUAACAUGACGACACAGAAAGUUAUACUCAUGUUUAUGACUUUCACAAAGAAACCUGUAGAAAUAAGGCUGGGUGGAGGAGUUUUCACGAUGGCAGUACCACUUUUUAUUUCUAUAUUUCGAACAGCAUACUCCUACUUCACGCUUCUUCAAAAGUUCCAACAGUGAAAAGUGUUCUAUAAUACAUUUCACAUACAGAACAAGGAAUGAAAAUGGACAAUGCAUUGAUAAACAAGACAGAAACUGUUAUGCUGAUAUACAGGGCCUCUUAACACAGGGGCUCGCGGGGCCCGGGCCCAGGGCCCCGUCAUGAUGAGGGGCCCCUAAAAGCCAACUGCUUAUAUGCAAUGUGUUGCGCCAUCUAGCCAUCACAUAUACUACUACACUUAUUAUUCAUAAUAUUAGUCGAUAACAGUGCCAUCUAGUCGUUAUAACCCCAACUGUACUGAUAAAGGUAUGCAUAUACAGGGUGGCGCAUCGAAAACGAAACAGACGUAUUUACUGACAGCCAAGUUUUUGUUUUUGAGAGCGAC